GGGUCAGACCCGCGCCGAAAGAUGCGACACAUGCAAUGGACCCUUGCUUCGUCCGCACGACUUUCCUUCCUUCCAUUUCCUGCUCUACGAAUAACUAAACCUGAAAAAAAGUACAUGAAUCAUCAAUGGCUUCCACUCCCAAAAAGAGGCAAAAACCAGACCCAAUAAACCCUAAUCGAAAAUCCAAACCCACCACCAAUAACCCCAACUCUUCUUCUUCUUCUUCUUCACAAAGUCUCCUAAUCGAACCACCGACGAGCUUAUUCCCAUCGAAAUCCGAGUUCUUGAGACUCGUCUCCGUCGUCUUCAUUGCUGCUUCGGUCGCCGUAGCCUGCAAUUACGCUGUCACCAUUCUCAAUCGCCAUCCUAAACCGUUCUGCGAUACCAACGCUGAUUUCGAUUAUUCACUCUCCGAUUCCUGUGAACCUUGUCCAAGUAAUGGAGAGUGUUCUGAAGGCAAGUUGGAAUGUGUUCGUGGCUAUAGAAAGAAUGCAAAGUUAUGUGUAGAAGAUGGGGAUAUAAAUGAAACAGCUAAGAAACUUUCAGAAUUGGUAGAAACUCGUAUUUGUGGAGCAUAUGCUCAAUUUUUGUGCGAAGGAACUGGGACAGUUUGGUUUCAGGAGGAUAAGUUAUGGAAGGAUUUAGAUGAAUUCAAGCUGAUGGAUAAUCAUGGCUUGGACGGCCCCAUAUAUGCGUAUGCCAAGCAAAGAGCAAUGGAGGCAGUUGAUAUAUUAUUGGAGACAAGGACAAAUAUUCAAGGGAACAAAGAGUUCAAGUGUCCAGACUUGCUAGUCGAACGUUACAAACCAAUUACCUGUUACAUCCGACUGUGGAUUGCUAAACAUGCUUUGAUUUUAGUGCCACUCUGUGUAAUGCUCAUUGGAAGCACAUGGUUAUUGUUGAGAGUUCGCCAAAGAUGUUAUCUAUCAACUAGAUCUGAGCAGCUUUACAACCAGGUUUGCGACAUACUUGAAGAGCAUGCCUUGAUUUCAAGGAGUUUAAAUGGCGAGGGUGAACCUUGGGUGGUUGCCUCGUGGUUACGAGAUCAUCUUUUGUUACCCAAAGAAAGGAAGGACUUGACGUUAUGGAAAAAGGUAGAGGAGUUGGUUCAAGAAGAUUCUCGUUUAGAUCAGUACCCAAAACUGGUGAAGGGUGAAUCUAAAGUGGUGUGGGAAUGGCAAGUUGAAGGCUCUUUGAGCUCUGCAAGAAAGAGAAAGAAGGCCGAUGAAAGCAAACUGAAGUUGGGUGAAGGCAUAAAUCCAUCUUCUACUCGACAAGGUUGGCGAUUGAAGGCUGGUGAGCUGUUAAACAGUUAAAGUUAGUCUCAUAACCAUUUUUUGGGGGGUUGGGUAUGUCAUCAAACAUGUCUGUAGAGUAUUUUGUUCCUCUUAUUUUUUUGUUUGGUUUGCUUGGGCUUGUACAAGUCUGUAGAGUAUUACUGGUUUUUAUGCCAUCACAU